UAAAACCGAAAAAGAAAAAGACGAUGUCGUAAAGAUGGCGCUGUUCAUGCUGAGACGUUGUUGCAGGUUUCCGUCAAUAUUCAGUAUCACCAACGUGUUUUUAAAUGAAGGCAUGGUUCUAAACCGGUCCAGUAGAAUCAGGCUAACCCCUCCAUUACCCGUCGCCGUGGGAGCAGUGGUGCGCGCGUGCAGCUCCAAUCAGCAAGGGAACGAGGAGAAGACGAUGGCCGUCAUUGUUGAUAUCCCGAACCCUGUCAACUGGUUAAAAAACCGAUUCUGCUGCUUCCUCAUCAGAACUUUCUUUGAUAAAGAAUUCAGCAUAAAGGAGUUCACAGAGGGAGCGAAACAGGCUUUCUCCCAUGUGUCCAGGCUCCUGUCAAAGGGACAGUUUGAUGCUUUAGAGGGACUCGUGGCUAAAGAGUUAAUCGGACCGAUGGAGGAAAGUUACAACCGGAUGCCUUUGCACUUCAGGGAAGCCCUCGCUGCAGAGCCUGAUGACAUUAUGCAUGCAUCACCAAAAGAUGUGGGAAUCUAUUAUGACGAUGAUGGGAGAAGGUUUGUGGUUGUUCAGAUGCAGUUCUGGUAUUUGACAGAGACGGGCAUCUCUGAAAAUGGAGUGGAGGGAAAGCGUAUCUUCCAGAUCGCCAUUGGUACAAAGAAUAGGGACACGAAGAGUCUUCUAACUGCACUUUAUGAAUUUCAAAGUGAAUUUACUGAAGAAGUGCCACCGGACUGGACCAUAAUAAAGCUAGACCACUCCUCCAUUUUCAAAGAGGGUUUCUAAUUCAAAGACUUAAGUCCCCUCAGUAGUGAGUUAAUGAAAUUAGGGAGGAAGGAGGACACAACUACACCAGAGUAACAAGAGGCAGCGCUUUGCUGGUUAGUCAGGGGACACGUGAGUCAGCAUCUUCGUCUGCGCCGCCUCUGGAUCUUUGUCUUUCAUCUUUUUUAUCGCAUUAAACUUGAUGACAUUUAA